UGACUCAAGUUGCUACACGGAUGUAUUUAAGUCAAGGACAGUUGAUUUGCGCCGCCCAGUGUUUUUCUUUAAAGCAGGAAUCAGAACAGAACACUUUCGAUGUGUGUAUGUAUUGUCUCUUUAUGGAGGUUCGUUUAUAUAAAAUAUAGUAAGCGUUUCAUUUGGGAUGUUUUUUUUUUUUUUUUUUUAAAUAGCGCCUUACGUUUUUAAAUGAGGUUUUAUCUGACUGUGUGAGAGAGGCAGAGUUUGUAGGGGAAAAAAAGUUUCUCUAGAAGUUUUUUUUUUUUUUUUUUUUUUUAAAUAGUUUUCCUCAAACCAUGGCGUGUGAAGGAAACGGCAUGUCAGAUGCGAGGAUAGGGGAGGCCCUGAUCAAAGAGGUGAUAGAGGAGGAGCUGAAGGACGUACCCUCAGAGGACUUCCCACCCCUUACUCCGCUGGCAGACUUAAAGACUGACCAGGAGCAGAAGAUGGUGACCCAGCUGGCCAAAAUGAUCUGCAUCAUCGGGGACAAGGUCCAAGGCGACCAGGAGUUCAAAGAUGCGAUAGAUGGGAUAGCUGGUUCUUCCCGCUCUAAGUGUGACAGCUUUAAGGCAGUGGCAGACAAAGUGUUUCAACAUGGGAUCAACUGGGAGAGGAUUGCUGUGCUCUUCUACGUCGCCGGAAAGCUGGCUGUCAAGAUGGUGAAGGCCCAUCUCCCUCAAUCAGUGAGGGAGAUCCUGAGGUGGACCGUAGAUUUUUUCAGAAACAAUCUACUGGGCUGGAUCCGGGAACAUGGAGGAUGGAUCAACAGUUUCUCCGAGCUGGCUGUGGCAUCCAUGCAGAACGUGUCAUCAAUGAGCUGUCAUAGCUAUAGCCUCAUCCUGAUCUUUGUCGCCGGCCUGGCUUUAGGAAGCGUCAUCACCUGGAAACUAACCAAAAGGCUCUGAGGCGCCAACUAUCCAUUGUGUUUCCCCUAUAUUCAUUCUGCAGCUGCACACCACCAUGAACUGCAGCGAUACACUGCCCUGAGUCACUGAAUGAGGCUGUGGUUAGUUCACGUCUGUAACAGCAGGACAGUCAAGUUUUUCUAAACUGCUAAAGUCAGUUGAAUAGGUGAAGUAAAGAUAUAUUGUUUGUAGUGUAAGCCUACUGGUAGUCUCACAUUGCCAAACCUAUUUAUCGAUAAAUAUUUAAAGAAAGUGUUGAGUUGAGAACGGAAUUUGGUGUUGUGGUAUCCCCCCAUCUGCCAAGCAGUCAAUCUAGGGGAAACACUGGUGGUUAUGUUUUAAGGUCUUCCUAAAAUAAAACAUGUAAGUAUCAUAAACGUU